AGCCACGUACCUGCAGCCGUACCGAACCAGAUGAACGUAGGCAACGGUCACGGACACUCAGACCGCUAUUGGGCAAAGAUGGUGAGGAGUCGUUUAUGGGAGAGCGGCGAAUUUGGCCCGACUGAGCGUGUGAGUGGGGUGCGUUUCGAGUUUCCAAUAUCUAGUUGGUCUCAACUACAUGUGCAGAACGCUCAUUGGCACACCAUGACAGGAAGCAAAGGGCACACUAUAGGGCCACCCCACAGUGCUACAGCGCUUAUUGCUGGCGAUGCGGACAGCGGUUGAUCAGCGCUCUUCCACCCCGGCGUCAUCGUAGGCUUCGUGCUGCAUCUAUAGUGGUUGAUGCACGAAGCGUUUGCGCUGGGAGAUGCGACUACCUAUUGGACCUAUAGACGAUAUCCCGGUUCACGCUUCCCUGGACUAUUCGCAUAUGCUAUGAAUACAUUGCCUUGAGAAACUCACUCCUUCCAACAUGGAAUGUGGUCUCGAAGACCGUCAAA